UGGCGGCGGGAAAGACGAUGAGUAAAGCUCGCGCUGAAGUCGCGGCGGGAGCCCCCGAGGUCGUCCUGAGGUACCUGCAGGAGCAGAACAGGCCCUACAGCGCCCAGGACGUGUUCGGGAACCUGCAGCGGGACCACGGCCUGGGCAAGGCGGCGGUGGCCAAGGCGCUGGAGCAGCUGGCGCGGCAGGGCCGGCUCCGCGAGAAGGCGUUCGGCAAGCAGAAGAUCUACUUCGCCGACCAGGAGCAGUUUGACACGGUCAGUGAUGCCGACCUUCAGAGCCUGGAUGCCAAAGUCAUGGCCCUCACUGCCGAGGUGCAGAGCCUGCAGCAAAGCUGCCGCCACAUGGAGGCUGAGCUGAAGGAGCUCACAAGUGCCCUGACCACACCGGACAUGCAGAGAGAGAUCCAGGAGUUAAAGAAGGAAUGUGCUGGCUACACUGAGAGACUCAGGAACAUCAAGGCGGCCACCAACCAUGUGACUCCCGAGGAGAAGGAGCAGGUGUACAGAGACCGGCAGAAGUACUGCAAGGAGUGGAGGAAGCGGAAGCGGAUGGCGACAGAGCUGUUUGAUGCAAUCCUUGAAGGCUACCCGAAGAGCAAAAAGCAAUUCUUCGAGGAAGUUGGGAUAGAGACGGAUGAAGAUCACAAUGUAAAGCUCCCAGAUCCCUGAGCCCGCCACACUGAGGUGGGCUUUGUUGCUGCUGUGUCCCACCCUUGAGUGAAGCAGGUGGGAAAGGUGUGAACCAGAGCACAGGGUAGAGGGAGGGUGCCUUGGCCACGAUGGAUGGAUGCGCUCACUUCCUCAUUCACACUCCAGUGCCUUGAUCUUAACACACACUUGGAACAAUGCUGAAGGAAAAAGCAUUUGGCAAUAUUUAUUGUAAUAUAAUCUGAUAUAAAAAUAUUUAAUUUCCUCUGGAUACGAAGCCUCCCAGAUAGCAAACCUGAGGUAGGCAUAAGGGAGCCUGAGGUGGACGGGCUUGAGGUCACUGUACAUAGUGGGAACACAAGCCUCUGCAAUCAGGAAUGCUGGGCUCUGCCCUGGCCCCUGUCCACUCCGGGCCUGGGAGCCAGUGAGGCAACACCAAGGGGCCAAGAUUCGUGCAUACUGCACCAAAAGGCUGGGAGUGGUCUUGAGGUCCAGUUAAUUUUCCAAAAUUGUAAAUUUAGCAAAUUGUUCGUAGAAAAAUAAAUUUAAUUUUGCCAA